AUGGCGGAGCCGCUCCUCCGCCGAACCUUCUCCCGCCUGAGGGGCCGCGACCGCCCGAGGGGCAAGAAAGCAGACAAGGAGAGAGAUCCUCCACCCCCCAGCCCUGAUCCUCCAGCAGAUCCAGACCCAGCAGCGUCCCGCAGGCAGAACUGGUCCAGGUUCUCCUGCGGUGGCCACGACCAGGAGAGGAGGUCCCCACCAGCCAGCAAAGCCUCCUUGGAUCCAGUAGAUCCCAAGGAAGCAGCAGAUCCCCAGGCCAGCAUCCAACCGCCCAGCGAGGAAGACUUGGAGCUGGUGGAGGCAGCCGAGGAGCCGAAAGGCUCCGUGGAGCUGGGAGCUGCUGGGAGGUGUCCCAGCCACGGAGUCUACCUGCGGAGCCUGGAGAGGAGCAGCAGGCACUGGGUGCUGUCCUCAGCCAAGGGGCCUGGGCUGGAUGAGCUGGGAGGGGCAGCAGAAGCUGCUGCUCCUGGCACCGGGGGUGGCACCAGCAGUGAAGGUGACAUCUGGUACAACCCCAUCCCUGAAGAUGAAGAUUCCCAAGAGGAAGCUGCCCGAGGUGGCUUGGGGACAGCUGAGAGCUGUGGUCACCGUGGUGGAGAGGAGCCAGUGGCUGGCAGGAGCCAGGCCUGUGGGAAGGUUCCCAUCCCUUGUGUCACCUCGGGGCUGUCCUCAGCCCCCUCCUCCCCUCCGGGCAGCCCCCGGCGGGGCAGUGCCCUGCAGAAGGUGAAGUCCCCGGGCACCGUCCGCCGCCUCUCCAUGAAGAUGAGGAAGCUGCCGGAGCUGCGCCGCAAGCUGAGCCUGCGGAGCCCGCGGGCACCUCGCACCCAGGAGGGUGGCACCGUGGGGGCAGAGGCCGGGAAGGAGUCCAGCAACGUCAUCAGCCGCUACCACCUGGACACCAGCGUGGCCUCGGUGCCAGGACCCCCGCGGGGCAGGGUGAUGGUCAGCAGAGGAGGCUACCUGAGUGACGGCGACUCGCCCCAGCUGCCGGCCAAGGCUGGAGACGUUCCUGCGGAUAACGAGGAGGAGGAGGAGGAUGGAGAGAAGGCCUUGGAGGUGGCACUGUACCAACCGUACAGCAGCGAGGAGCCGGCGGAGCGCGGUGGGCAGAGGAUCUCCGGUUUGGUCAGCGUCCACCUGCAGGGGCUGAAGGACCUGAAGCCACCAAAGGUGGAGGCCAGGGAGGUCUUCUGCGUCCUGCAGGUGGAUUCAGUCAACAGAGCCAGGACGGCUCUGCUGGCCUCCAAGAAGGCCUUCCUGGCACUCAACCACACCUUCAACCUGGAGCUGGAAGGUGCUCGGCAGCUCAAGGUGGUUGUCUUCUCCUGGGAUCCCACCAGCUGCAGGAACAGGAUCUGCUGCCAUGGGACCGUGGUGCUGCCCCAUAUCUUCAGAGGUUGCAGAGCACAGCAGCUGGCAGUGCAGCUCCAGCCCCGGGGUGUCCUCUACUCCAAGCUGAGCCUGGUGGAGCAGUGGGACAACCCCAGCGAGGGGGAGCCUCGGGUCUUCGGGGUGGAGCUGGGCCAGCUGGUGGAGAGGGAGAAGACAACCACCAAGGUGCCUCUCAUCAUCCAGAAGUGUGUGUCUGAGAUCGAGAAACGAGGCCUGAAGGUCGUGGGGCUGUACCGACUCUGUGGCUCCGCUGCUGUCAAGAAGGAGCUGCGAGAGGCCUUCGAGAGGGACAGCAGCACUGUCAGCCUCUGCCAGAGAAGAUAUCCUGACAUCAAUGUCAUCACUGGGAUCCUGAAGGACUUCCUGCGGGAGCUGCCCACUCCUCUCAUCACCUCCACGCUCUACCAGGUGGUGCUGGAGGCCAUGGCCAGGAGGGCACCAAAGACCUCCUGGGGGCACAGGGAUGCGGUCAGCCUGCUGGACUGCCUGCCCCAGGUCCAGAAGGCCACCUUGAAGCUUCUCCUGGACCACCUCAGCUUGGUGGCCUCCUUCCACACCUUCAACCGCAUGACCCCCCAGAACAUCGCCGUCUGCUUCGGGCCUGUGCUCCUCACCCACCACCAGGAGCUCCAAGGCUCUGCUGCCACCAUGGCCACCACCACCCCCAGUGAGGACAUCUCCGGCGCCGUGGACUUUAAGAGGCACAUUGAGGUCCUCCAUUACCUUCUGCAGGCCUGGCCAGCUCCCAGCUCCAGCCCAGUGCUCCCAGUUAGCUCUGGGCCUCCUCCCAGCAUCCCCCCAGCCCCUGUUCGAGGUCCCCCUCUGCAGCUGGAGCUCCUGGAGCGCCUCCCGGUGGUGGCCAGGCCGCGGCCGCGGGGCCCUGAGAGCCCUCCCAGCAAUCGCUACGCAGGGGACUGGAGCCACAACCACCUCCCAGCAGCUGCUGGCCACGGCCAGCAGGGGGCAGCAGGAGACCUGCAGUGGGCAGCAGAGGGCAGCAAUGGCCUGGGGGCAAAGCUCAACCUGAAGGACUUCGAUGCCCUCAUCAGUGACCUGGAGAGGGAGUUGGCCAAGCAGAUCAACGUCUGCCUGUGAGCCUGCGGGCACCAGGGGGCACUGGGGAGGCACUGGAGGGGCACUGGGAGUGAUGGAAGCUGUGGUGAUGCUGAAGCUGGUGGUGACCCCAAGCUGGUGGUGAGGUCAGCAGCACCAAGGUUGGCUUGGGUGGCACCAGUGGCAGUGCCAACCCUUGGUGGCAGCCUCAGAACCAGUAAGAGCAGUGCCCAGCCCAGUAAGGAGGCCAAAACCAGUAACACCCCCAGCAAAACCAGUAAGGACAUCACCACCAGUGCCAGUGCCACCAGCACCAAAACCAGUAAGGACCAGUAAGAAGAUCACCACCAGUGCCUGUGAUGCCACCACCACCAGUCCCAAACAGCAAAACCAGUGCCAAUGGUGCCAGCACCAGUGCCACCUGCACCACAACCAGUAAGGACCAGUAAGAAGAUCACCACCAGUGCCACCAGCAAAACCCGUGCCCAGUCCACCAAACCCAGUCAGGACCAGUAAGAAGAUCACCACCAGUGCCACCAGCACCAAAGCCAGUAAGGACCAGUAAGAAGAUCACCACCAGUACCACCAGUGCCCAUUCCACCAAACCCAGUCAGGACCAGUCAGGAGACCCCCACCAGUGCCUCUACCACCACUGAUGCCACCCCCCACCCCCACCAGUGCCCAAGCCCAGCACCCGUGCUGCCACCACCCAAUAACCACACUGCUGAAACCAGUAGGAACCAGUAAGCAGCUCCCCAGCACUUCUCUCCUUGCUUCCAUUUGCACAGCACCAGGCAUGGGGGGACAGA